GUUUUCUCAAAUAUGUUGAAUACUACUCAACUCCAUAUCUUAGCUGAUUCAGAUGAGCAUGAAGUUGUUCAACAAGUACAGGAAUUCUUUGCAGAUUUUGUUGCAAUUGACACCUACCAUUUCACUUUGAACACACCAUCAAACUAUAUGUAUAUGCUUCCUGCUGUUAUAGAUCCUCCAAAUCUUCAAAACUACUGUGAUAGAAUUGUUGAUGGACUUGCAGCAAUCUUUUUGGCUUUUAAAAGGAGACCCGUUAUUCGAUAUUCACAAACAUCUGAUAUUGCUAAAAGAAUAGCACAAGAAGCUUCCAAACUGAUGUAUCAGCAAGAAAGUGGCCUUUUUGAUUUCAGACGCACAGAAAUUUCUCCUUUGUUGCUUGUAAUUGAUAGGAGGGAUGACCCUGUUACUCCUUUACUGAAUCAAUGGACAUAUCAGGCCAUGGUUCAUGAGUUGAUAGGUAUUAAAGACAAUAAGGUAGAUUUAGGAAACGCUGGAAAGUUUUCAAAGGAUCAACAGGAGGUUGUAUUGUCCUCUGAACAAGAUGCCUUUUUUAAGUCUAAUAUGUAUGAAAAUUUUGGAGACAUUGGAAUGAGUAUAAAGCGAAUGGUGGAUGAUUUUCAACAAGUGGCAAAAAGCAAUCAGAAUAUCCAGACAAUAGAAGACAUGGCUAAAUUUGUUGACAAUUAUCCAGAGUAUAGAAAAAUGCAAGGAAAUGUGUCUAAGCAUGUAACUCUAGUUACAGAAAUGAGUAAGAUUGUAGAGGAAAGAAAACUCAUGUUAGUUUCACAAACUGAACAAGAAUUGGCUUGUAAUGGUGGCCAAGGAGCAGCAUUUGAGGCUGUGACAAAUCUUUUGAAUAAUGAAAGUGUCUCUGAUAUCGAUCGACUACGGCUUGUGAUGUUGUAUGCUUUGAGGUAUGAGAAAGAGAGCCCUGUUCAACUCAUGCAGCUUUUCAAUAAAUUGGCUUCUCGCUCUCCCAAGUAUAGGCCAGGGCUUGUACAGUUUCUUCUAAAGCAAGCAGGGGUUGAUAGACGUACAGGUGAUCUUUAUGGUAACAGGGAUAUCUUGAAUAUUGCCCGCAACAUGGCUCGUGGACUCAAGGGGGUGGAGAAUGUGUACACCCAACAUCAACCUCUUUUGUUCCAAACAAUGGAGAGCAUUACAAAAGGAAGGUUGAGAGAUGUGGAUUACCCUUUUGUUGGGAAUCACUUUCAGCAGGGCAGGCCACAAGAGGUUGUCAUUUUUAUUGUUGGUGGGACCACGUAUGAGGAAUCACGUUCCGUUGCUCUACAAAAUUCUUUCAAUUCUGGAACUCGUUUUAUUCUCGGAGGUUCCUCUCUUUUAAAUUCUAAAAGGUUUCUUAAGGACCUUGAGGAAGCACAACGGAUUGCUAGGUCAAGCACCAAUGUUGUUUAAAUUUGAAAUUUAUUUCAAAUGAGGUUCAUAAGAUUGUUAGAAUGUAUAUGAUGUUUGUUGUCUCUUAAAUACUUUAUCUCUAUAAUCCCACUAUCUUUUUUGAUUUGUAUAAAUUCAAACCUUGUAUUUCAUACACUUACAUCUUUUUAUUUAGGCUUACACAAAAAACAACAUAUUUU